GUUCAAUGGCGACUUGCAUUGAGAAACUUGUGUGAUAAUUCAACUUGUUCCAUAGAGAAUGGAAAAUUGCACCGAGAAAAGUGAAAAGCCUUUAUACAACUGGACCGAUGUGACCAAAGAAUUCAUUGAUGCAUCAUCACAGCUGGGGCUAGGCAUCUUGCUUCAUGAUUCCUCGUUUGGACUGUUUGAAGCCAUGUCGGCCAUUGAGAUGAUGGAUCCCAAGAUGGAUGCCGGCAUGGUGUGUAACCAGAUCAAGAGGAAGGUCCUCACUAUGGAGCAGGGCAUCGAGGCUGGAACUAUAAAGAUUAAGGAUCUUGCGGUGCCUGAACUAAUCGGAAUAACUGAUGCUACGUUGUGUUGUUUAGUGACAUGGCUUGAGGGCCACUCCCUUGCUCAGACUGUGUUUACCAACCUAUAUCUACACAACCCACACCUCAUAGAGGACCGAUAUCUAAAAGCUUUCUCCAUCUGUAGUCUGCGCAUCGUUGACCUCAUACGAGACAAAAUCAACAGAGCUGGUGUUUUCGAAGAGGAAGACUUCCAGCCAUUGUCCUAUGGUUUCAAGAUGGCCCCCGACAUGUCUGAUGCGAGGUGUUGUGGCAUGAUGAAGGAAAUAGAAGACGACCUUAACAGACUGAUCAAGACAACGAGAAGUAAACCUGGUGAGAACCGCAAUGACAGCACUGAACACGAGCAUGAAGUGGCAUUGGCUUUACAUUCCCGCAUCCGAUUUUACCGACUCUUUCACUCAAUGCUGUUGGCUUUUAACAAAGAAAAGUGUGAGGGAAUAUCACAGGCUCAAAAAUUGCUGUCUCAGCUGUCGGAACUUUUGCCUCAGUUAGUGUCGUCCAGUCAUCUUGGAAUAAAACCUGCUGUGAGGGAAGCGACGAAAAAUGAUUAUCCAACCAUCAUGGGCUUUGAGCCUUUAAUUAAUCAACGACUGCUUCCCCCGACAUUUCCUCGCUACACGAUGAUCAAAACCUCUUCAGAAGCAUUUGAGUAUUUUGACAACUUGUUUAACAAGUUGCAAGUGGUUACUGGUGUGCCAAGCUUAACAACUCUACAUAAUAUACUGGAAGUGUUCACCGAGUUCAGCAAGUGUUCACCCUGUGUGUUAGCACGGUCCAUAUUGCAGCAAACAUUUCUACCUCCAAACCAUCGAGUAUUUGGAAGCCACACGGUGGUGGAUUUUAUGAAAGACACAAUUAGGAAUUUCAUGGCUCCUCCUGCUCUUGCCCAGAAGUGUUCCCUGUACAAUAACCCCCAGGCCAAGGAGUACGUUGAUGCACUGUUGACACAUGCUGUGAACCCUAUAUGCAUGCUAUUUCAAAUCACGGGACACAACCGUGCUCGCCAGAGAGACAAGUGGGCGCAUGUGCUGGAGGAUUUUGCAAGUCUUCAGGAGGAGGCGGACAAGGUGGACUCGUACCUGCACAGUCUGCUGAUCAAAGUGGAGCCUAACCGCAGCCACCUGGCGUGCUUUGGUACGUGGGUUCUCUACCACAGCCUGCAGGUGAUGAUCAACUACGUCCUGUCGGGCUUCGAGCUGGAGCUGUAUGCACUCUACGAGUACCACUAUGUGUACUGGUAUUUAUAUGAAUUGUUGUAUGCGUGGCUGGUUUCCACAUUGCACAGGGCAGAAAAUUUUCUUCUUGAACACGAGACCAUGUUAGAUCAACAAAUGAAGAGUAGAAACAAUAAAAAGAAUCACCGGAGGAAAAAGCGUUCAAAGAUUGUCAGCAAGGAAAUCGUCAUUGCUCAGACCCAGCAGCAGAUGUUUGGUGGAUACUACAAGGCUGUGCUCGGCUUUCAGCUGGAUGGGAAAAUAAAGCAGACAGACUUCGAGUUUGACAGUGAAGAAGUGCGGUACUGCCAUCGGUUUGCCCCCUUCACUAACGUGGUCACUCCACCCAUGGUUCACUACAGUCAGUACAAAGAAAUGUCUGAUUUACAGCGUUACGAGUGUGAGCCGACGGCUAAAGAUAUGUACAGUGCAGCAUGCAAGUGUUUCUACCAGGCCAAGCAGCUGUAUGAGAGUUUACCGUACCCAGAUGAAGAGAUCCAGUCCUUGAUUAAAAUAUCAAAAACCAAUUUUGUUGUGAUGAAACUGCUAGUAGGUGGGCACAAGAAAGAUUCCACUGAUCCACCGGAGUUUGACUUUAGCCAGCACAAAGUUUACCCUAUUAUCAAGCUUGUGUGAUACAGUGCUGUGCUAGCCAGUGAGCAGCCUAUUAGCCACUGACCGUGGACUAGCCAUAGACCCUAGAAACCACUGUGUGAACCGAUUUAUCCAAGCUCAAUGUGUCACAUUGCAAUCUGGUACCAGCAGUACGUUCUGUUUUGUGAAUGUCUGCCAAGCUGAUGUGUGAUCUCGUUGGUGAAUAUGUGAGAGGACGAAGUAUAAACUAGAAAAUAAAACUGUGUACAAGAAGUGUAGAUGGUCGUGAAGUUGAUAAUAAAUGGAAUCACUUUUCACUGACGUGUGGCGUACCUGGCCUCUUCAACCAAUACAAAGGUUGUCUGUGUAAUGAUGUCCUCUAGUUCAGAUUUCCAGGCCUCUGGGAAUUGAAUAUUUACUGAAAUCAAUUAUGGGUUAUGAUGAAAACAUGUUUCUGGUAACCCAUUUCCUUUUUUUUCUUCAAAACCUGUCAUAACCAUGUCAAUGAAAUCCUAAAGAGUGAAUGUAAUGAGUAAAAACGAGUAUUUAACAAAAUGGAUGGGAGAAAUAAACUGUUGCUUUCACAAUUUUCAGAAGCUUGAUUGUGUAUUAAAAUACCAAACUAAGGAUGCAGUACAAAAAAACCCACACAAUUAUUUUGAAUCUUUGAAACAUAAACAUGACAAAGCUAUAGAAGUGUCCACAAUGCAAAUGUCUGUUAUUUUUCACAUACAGUUAUUUGUAAAAAGCAUUAUCAUUAUGGGCAUUGUUGUGAUAGCCACAGCCUGUACCUUGUUAUUAACGAAAAGGAUUUAGACUUAAUAGUGUACCUAUGACAACAGCCUAAAAACUAAGUUACGCUUUCCAAACAAAAUAUAACGGUAUGUUGAGUUAGGUUUAUGUCAUUUCAUAAAAUGUUAAUUUUCAUUUUGUGCUGAGAAGAAGACAUCUGAAAAAUAGUGCAUAUUGUUUUUAAUAUAUUUUAUUACCUGUACAUACCAUUGUUUUAUAUAUCUUUUUGUUGCAGACAGAGAUACUUGUGUUUCUUUGAAACAUUUUAAAAAGAAAUCUGAAUUAUUAUGUUGAAUUUUCUGGUGUUUUUUAACAGGUUUUGUUACAGACGUUUAUGUUAACUAAUUAGUAUUCAGUAUUUGAAGUAAGAACAAAUCUGAAACUUGAUUGCAAGUUACUGUGUUGCCUAUUAAAGUAGCAUUAAGAGUUACACUAAAUACAUUAUGCCAGUUUUUCUUGACCUACAUAUUAUUUAGCUAUUAUCAAUAAAAGAACACAGCACAAACUUUAUAAAUUUAUUCAUGAUCAAAAAUCGAAAUCAUCAUCCCAGGGAACAUUUUUAGUCUAUGGUGUCAUCGUGUUUGUAAUAUUUUGUGAUGACAGAUUAUUUCAGUGUUAUCUUAAGAUGUCGUCACCUGGAGAAGUCAGUAAUAUAUUAAUUUGCCUUUGAACUGGGGUUAGGAAUUGUGGCCAAUGCAUAAUCUUUGUAAUUGGUGUGAGGGGGCAGAGCCCCCAUGCUCAACCACUAAUGUAUGGCACUUAUGAUAGUUCUGUUUAGAAAACAUUUAUUGUAAAUGUCGACUUUGAUAAUGUUACUGUCAAACAGUUUCCAGUAGUUGUGAUAAUCUACAUGUAGGCAGUACAAAAUAGUGUUGGCUAGUACAACUGUUUUUAGUGCACUAUAGGUUUUAUCUCCGUCCGUCCUGUUUUGACGGAGUUAUGGCCCUUGAACUUAGGAGAUUUAAAAUUUAGUUUUCUGGACUUCUGUUUUGCAAUGCCUGAAGAUAUUGAAAUGACUUUUUGUAUAUUUCUUUAUCAUGUACUGUUACAGAUCACGUUUAUCUUUCAUAGUGAUUUACCCACAUCUCACAGAGGUAUGGCUCUUGAUUUUAGGAGAUACGGAAAAAAAUUGAGUUCUGUAGGAGACAUGUAUUGCUUUAACAUAAUGCUUUAAACAUUAUGUUUAUUAUCAUUAACAUAAGCGUAUGAGACAGGGAGCAAAUCAUCAAAUUCGUGCAAAAAUGAUAGAGGUAUUUGGGUAAAAUGUGCUAAUCUGAUUCCUUUUUACCAUGUAUUUCCAUCAUUCUACCCACAAAAUUGCACAUUACUUGAAACAUGCUUAUAAUAUCAAUUUUGGCAACUUAAACAUGUUUCUGGACAUCCUGUUGUUUGUACUAGUUGAAAAUAUUCAUAUCUGGGUUUUUUUAAAAAGAAAAAAAGAUAUGUAGCUCAGAAAUUUGGGUCAUCGGCUUUAAAGAGGUUGUUUUGUGUGAAACUACUGUCCGUCCAUACGAUACGUCGAUAGGCAUCUGGCAGUAGGCAUUUACCUCAGUCAGUGUGAGGCUUAUUCUGUAUGAAUACUCUGAUAAAUCCAUUUCUUCGGUUGUGUUUUGUCAUCUGUUAAUUUUGACGAGCCAGUGCUGAAAAUGCUUUGAUGAUUUCAAUAUAUGGUAUGAUAUCUGUUAAAAUGUUUUUGUUGUUGCAUUCAGUUGCAUUAGAAAAAGGUGUCAUUAUAAACGUUUUAUUUAUACUCACCUUUUAGGUUAGAGCUGGAAUCUCAAGCUAGUAAUAAUCUACGAAAUCUCAAACAGAAAUCAUAACCAAUGUGUAUUCGCUAUACUACAAUACUCGUUGUUUUAAAUGUGGCAGUAUUUGAACUUACCAUAGUUCAAAAGACACUGUUGCAACACACAGUAUGAAAUUAACACAUGGCUAGUGCUGCAUUUUAAACUAGAUCCUUCGUUACUUUGCAUUUUUCAUUUAUAAUGAAAAUAACUUACUAACUAGUGUUCCAUUUCAGAAUGGUAAAUGAGCUAACAUCAAUAACUAUCUGGUUAUUAACAUUAAGCUGGCAUCUAUUAUUAUUAGCUAGUUAUUAAUGCCUGCAGUAAGGAGUAGAGAAAUUGUGCUUGACAUUCGUAUUGGAUUUGUCAGUUCUUGCCGUGUUACAUCAUUUGAAAUGUAAUAAAAUUGGGAGUACAGUAAAA